AUGUCUGCACUAGAGUGUGGGAAGAGAUCUUUCUUUGAAGAUAUAGAUUCAUCAGCAUCAUCACCGGCGUCAGUGUCAGCAUCGCCGCCGGUUUAUAAGAAAAUUCGGUGCUCUUCCUACUCGCCGCCGCUGACUCCCAUAGAUCAAUUGAAGGUCUUAUUUCCUGAUAUGGACAGUCAGCUUCUUGAGAAAGCUUUGGAAGAAUGUAGCAAUGAUUUGGAUUCUGCUAUUAAGUGCCUUAACAGCUCCUCCUCCACUGCAGAAACAAAUGUGCAUAUGGAGAAAGGUGCAAUACCAACUGGUGGGGAGGCAGUUCCCUUGGAACAGCCUCACUUCCAAAACAACCUGCCAGAAGAUGGUACAGAAUGGGUGGACUUGUUUGUGAGGGAGAUGAUGAGUGCCACUAGCAUAGAUGAUGCUAGAUCCCGCACAAGAAGAGUAUUAGAAAGUUUGGAGAAAUCCAUUGGUGCUCGGGCAGAGGCAGCUCAUAGCUUUCACAAGGAAAAUGUGAUGCUGAAGGAACAAAUCGAGGUGCUUCUCUGCGACAAUGCCAUCCUCAAACGAGCUGUAGCGAUCCAGCAUGAACGCCAAAAGGAGUAUGAUGAGAGGAGCCAAGAGGUCCAGCAAUUGAAGCAGAUGGUGGUUCAGUAUCAGGACAGGUUGAGAACUGUAGAGGUGAAUAACUAUGCCUUGACAUUGAAAUUGCGUCAGGCUCAGCAGAGCAAUUCAAUCCCUCGUCACUUCCAUCCGGACGUGUUCUAG